UUCUGAACCGUUAAAGAAAAAUAGCACAAGACAAAAAAUCAAUAUUUUUGAUAUCAUUAAAAUUGUGUUUUAAAAAAAUCGUACAUUUUUAGGGAAAGCCGUUUUGUCCUAAAAGUUCGUUUUCCUGAAAUUCUCGAAAAAUCACGUCACGAAGCAUAAAUUCAUUGAUUGUUGAGGGAAGAAAGAAACAAAGCUUCUCAGACUUCUGCGAAAAGUACAAUUUUUCCAAGUACCCUCUUUUGACCCUGUUUUCCCUAGAUCAGUCGUUCGCAUUCAACGUUUUAUCCAUAAAUUCUUAACUCGAUAGUCGCCCAUUUUUCAAUGGAAGAAAGUAAUUUUAUUGAUUUCUCAUGCGAAAUGGAAUUUUUGUUUUAUGGAAAAAAAAUUCGAUCGUGAAUAAUGGUGGUGGGAAUGAAUUUAGUAAUUACAUGAGCAUCGAUCGAUCCGUCGGUUAUCAUUACCAAAUAACUCCAACAUCUGCUAUUGUAAGCUGUACAAUUAUAGAAGCCAAAUAAACAUCGCACAUUAUUGCGUCUCGGGAUCAUACACUUUCGUCGUGUUACGAAUUUUUGACUUACUUUUUACCUUCGAAAAUACUCGCCAAACAUUUAUUAUCUGAGAUAACACGAUCAGUCGUUGUGUACAAACGUCAGGAGCGUUAACGUGAACACAGAAGUUGGGACAAGCGCUUCGGUAACGCUUCUCCAGCGCUGAAUCUUCGAAUUUAUUUUUCAUAUCCAUCGCAACGAUGCUGCAGCAGCAAAGACCAGAAAAAAAUGACGGGAUGUGGAAACGAGGAGCGUUGUUGUCAUUCGUGUUGAGCCUGAUGACCAAUACUGGUGGUGUAUUUUCACAAAAGCCACAUUUAGGUGAGGGAGUUCGUCUCAAUCCUUUCGAGCAUUAUUUUGGAGACAUAGGAACCGUGUCUGUAAUCGGGGCUGAUCAUUGGUUUUAUCAUUUGUACACCUCGCAACUUUUCCAAGAUCCAUCGGCAUUACCAAAAUUUAUACAGCCGGUUGGGCUCUCAACGAGAACGAUUUACAGUUUGAAUUUUGUGACAACGCUCAACAAUUGAUAAAAGCUUAUUUUCGUGGCUUCGAAAUGGAAGGAGAGACAGAACUCUGGACCAAGUUUGCCGAUGAUUUGUCCAUACCCGUUUUUGCUAACCAUUUUGGUAUUGAAGAAUGGGAAUUGUCGAGCGAUAGACACGCCUUCAUUUUGGUUAGGAUCAAAAAAUCGUACGACAACCAAACACUUGCUGAAAAUGUCAAACUCAACGAUACGAAUGCCAAACAACUCGACAACUUCGAUACCAUCGUGAAUCUUCCCACGCAUUAUAUCAAAUCUUACGCAACCGGAAACUCCCUCUAUCAGGUCUUAGUGUUUGAAAAGCAAUUCUACGAGCGGAUCAAAAAUGCCAUGAAGGAUCGUGGCUUAGCGGUUUACUCAGACGCCCUACGACGAAUAUUUUUCUCACCUCCUUAUGUAAUACGAGCAGGAGAGAUACGAACAGCCAGUCGUAACCGAGCGGUCGAGGAUUGGGCAACCAAGAGUGUUCGAACCUCCUAUUACGAUCGGAAUUGGUUCAGUGCUUGGAGAUCCGAACCGUACGAAGUUUUCUUCUCGAGUCUUAUAUUGUUUUAUCGCAACGCAACGUUGUUCAAUCAGCUUGACGAGCUUCUACGAGACGAAGUCCUCCUUCAACUGGAAAUUCCGCUCGUGACACGUCUGAUGUCUGAAUCUUCGCAAAUGUCCUUUGUAGAUGGAAAUUUCGGAUAUUUCGGUGACGAUUGACUCUCGCGUAGUUAUUCGUAUCCAGGUCGAUCUGGAAAUGCACAAAUGUCUUUAGAUUUUAUAUCAUAAACGAAAGUCAAAGGUCCAGUCGCAACCUGUAUAUCUUUAUGCUCUGACAAUAAAUACGAACAUUUGAAAAUGCUA